AUGAACACAACAUUGCAUGCGUCACUACUGACAACAGAAGAAAGAUCGAAAUCGGUACGAGAAUGUUCUUUAUGCGGUUCAAUUGCUAAUUUUGCCUGUAUCGAUCAUUGUAAAGCUGUUCUCUGUGCUCGAUGUACUAGCAAACAUCGUGCUGAUGUCAUUCAACAAAUGCAUGAACUUCUUAAACGAUUGAAAAUGUACCAAAUGAAAUUGGCUAAUUCCAAUAAUAUAUCCGAUAGAAAAUCGAUUCAAGUAUCAAAUGCACUAGAACAAAAUACCGAUAAUCCUACAGAUUCCAACUUAUCGGUCAUAGCAAGAAAUUCUUUGGAAACUUAUUUCAUUAUUCUCAAAGAACAUCUUGAAAAGGAUCACUUACUUGAUGCAAAAACACUUGCUGAUUUAGAUAUGCAUCUCAAUGAUCAACUAGAUCAAAUCACUAAAAAGUUUCCAACUCUUACUGCUUCUCAUAAUUUUGACACGAACACAUUUUUACUUCGUCGUUCUCGUAUGAGACCACAAACAGCAAGAAUAAAUUUAUCAAAGACAAUUACUAUCUCACUCAACAUUCAAAAAAAAUUUCCACUUCCUUUUGAACGUUCCUUUUCGAUGGGUCCACAUCCCAUAGUUGUUUCACUGAUUGAUUCCUAUCUAGAAACAUUCUUUUGUCAAGGACGAGAUAAUAGUGUCAUAUUACUCAGCUUAUUAUCUAUUGAUGUGUACACACGUGGUUCUGGUUUAACUUGGUCUAUUCCACUUAGUCGAGUGUUAGGUAAUAUAAAAGAUAAGAUCUUUGCAGGUGUUUGGUGCUCUCACAUUGAACGGUUAAUUCUUGUUGGUCGAUAUUAUUUUUACAUAUUUGAUAUCGAUAGACAAAGAAUUCGAUGUGUUCGCAAAUUUGGAUGUGGUGCUCGUUGUAGUUCUGGCACAAUGCCACCAAUACCACGUCGUAACGUGACAAUAAGAUAUCGUUGUCAAUCAACUUAUGAUGAUUGUACUGAUUCUCGAAGAUUUCUUGCAAGCAACCACAGUGGACUUAUAUUCUAUGCCUACAAAUCUGGAGCAGAUACAUAUCAAUUAGAAACUCAUACCUUGACCUAUCCGAUGGAUAGUGCAGAGCAAGAACAAGAAAAACAAUUGUCUACAUAUGAUUCACACAAUACAUUGAAUGACAAAGAAAUGAAAUUAAUUAAUCAUUUAUCGAUUGAUGGACAAUUGGCUGCUAUCUGUGUAUCCUAUGAUCAUCUAGCUUUUGUUUAUCGACGUUUUCCACGGAUUGAAAAAUCGACUACACAAUUAAGACAUUCAUUGGAAAUUGAUCAUUAUUUUGCUUUGUACAAUCAUUCUCUUACAAAAUUAGCUGAUCAUGUUCGUCUACCUUCGUCAAUUCGAUGGGUGACAGCAAUCGUAUCUUAUGGGACAGAAUAUAGAUAUCUUCUAUGUGAUCCUCGAAGUCAACAAUUACUUCUCUAUCAAGCUAUGGAUGGUGUUCUCAAUCGUCGCUUUCAUAUCGGACCAGUCAAUGCAUGUUGUCUUACGGAUGGUCGACUAGUUUUGUGGAUACAAAAAGCAUAUGCUAGUUCACCAAUUGGAAAGUUACAUUUUAUCAGUACUCCUCAUCUAGAAAAGUAUGCAUUGGUAUCCACAUCAUUUGAACUUUUGAAGAAAUCAUACAAAUAA